CUCAUAGCGCGUCGCCUACCUUGCAGCUACUUUAGAGCUGCCAGCGUCUGGACCAGGCUCCACUCGCCGCCAACAACUGGCACAAUCCGCGCACUACUCGACCCGCGCUCGCGACCCAUAUAUAAUAACCUACACAUCCAGAACCUAGCGACCACGAAUAUGUCAUCAAACGGCAUUUCAGUUGACGAGGCCAAGACGCUCAUCUGCGAGCUAUGCCGGCUCUUCUACGACCAGGGCUGGGUGUCGGGCACUGGCGGUGGCAUUUCCGUUAAGGCUGGCGACGAAAUUGUGAUGGCGCCGUCGGGCGUGCAGAAGGAGCGCAUGCAGCCGGACGACAUGUUUGUGCUGGACAGCAAGGGCGACAUCAUCCACACGCCCGCAGCCAAGCCCCCGCCCAACCGGCCGCCCAAGCUGAGCGAGUGCUCCUCGCUCUUCAUGGCGGCCUACGAGCUGCGCGGUGCGGGCGCCGUGAUUCACAGCCACUCCAUGAACGCGGUGCUGGCCACCAUGCUGGACCCGGCCGCAUCCGAGUUCGUGAUCACACACGUGGAGAUGAUCAAGGGCAUUGAGGGCCACGGCUUCUACGGCAAGUGUGUGGUGCCGGUGAUUGAGAACACGGCGCGCGAGUGCGAGCUCACCGACCGCCUGCGACAGGCCAUCGCCGACUACCCGCAGGCCAACGCGGUGCUGGUGCGCAGGCACGGUGUGUACGUGUGGGGCAAGGACUGGAUCCAGGCCAAGACGCAGGCCGAGUGCUACGACUACCUGUUUGAGGCAGCAGUGCGCAUGCACGGAAUGGGGCUGGACUACCGCCGCCCGCCGCCGCCCAACUUCGCUGACGCCGCCGCCGCCGCCGCCAACGGUUCCAACGGCCACGCGUCGGAGCCGGCCGCCAAGAAGGCCAAGACCCGGCACGCGGCGCUGCCUGCCGCCGUGGUGCUGGACAUCGAGGGCACUGUGGCGCCCAUCAGCUACGUGGCCGACGUCAUGUUCCCCUACGCGCAGCAGCACUGCCGCUCCUUCCUCGAGUCCACCUACGAUGCCGCCGAGACGCAGGCCGACAUCGACCUCAUCCGCACACAGGCCGCCGCCGACGUGGCGGAGGGCCGCGCCGGCGCCGCGGCGGUGCCGGAGCCGGGCGCGGGCCAGGCGGCGGUGGUGGAGGCGGUGGCGGGCUGGGUGCAGGCGGCCAUCGCGGCUGACCGCAAGGUCACGGCGCUGAAGAACCUGCAGGGCCACAUCUGGCGCUCCGGCUUCUCCAGCGGCGCGCUGCAGGCCGAGCUGUUCCGCGACGUGCCGGACGCGCUGGUGGAGUGGCGCAGCGCCGGCGUCAAGACCUACAUCUACAGCAGCGGCAGCCGAGAGGCGCAGCGCCUGUUCUUUGGAUACUCCAAGGUGGGCGACCUGCGCCCCUACCUGUGCGGCUUCUUCGACACCACCUCGGGCGCCAAGACCGAGGCCGGCUCCUACAGCAACAUCGCGCUGUCGCUGGGGGUGGACUCGCCCUCCGACAUCCUGUUCGCCACCGACGUCCUGGCGGAGGCGCAGGCGGCGGCGGCGGCGGGCUGGCGGGCGGUGCUUGUGGAGCGGCCCGGCAACAAGGCGCUGCCGGCGGGGCACGGCUUCCGCGUCAUUAGCAGCAUGCAGGAGCUGCUGCAGUAGCAGUAGAGCGGCCGCUGCAGUAGCAGUAGGGCGGCUGCGGUGGAGGUGCUGCAGUGGGGAGGGGGAAAGAGGCGCGAUUGGGGGGCGGAGGGUAGAGGAUGUCGGUGUUUGGUCGGAGGAGGGAUGAACAGGGGUGUCGGGGUGGGGCUGUGGUGCACACCUAAAGAUCAAGGUGGUGACGAGAGGGGGUGACGGUGCGAGGCUGUGAGGAGGUGGAGCUGGAGCUGGGGUGGGUGGGUGGACCGGACCGGUGGUGUCAGGAAUGUGUGACGGAGGGUGGAUGUGCGAUGGGACGGUGUCAAGGCAGGUUGAAGUCCCGCAGGGUGCAGCUGAUUCCCAGAACCCAAAAGAUGGCAAACAAUUUGCAACGGCAGGGCAGGGUGGAUGAAGGUGAUCCACGUGGCAGUUGCCCGGCCACGUGUCGGUGAGGGACUGAGAGUGAGAGGCCAGCACGUCGAGUCUGCCGCUUUUCUUCUUGCUUGUGCUAGCUUCCUGGCCUUGGCUCUACAUCGUCAUGUUCGCUUGUGCGUGUUGCGUUGUUUCAAGCACGUCAAUGCCGGGGUCUGCAGUCUGCAGUUUGCCACACGUCAGGACGAGUGCACCGGCUCACCCUUUGUGCGCCCACCAGCGCAAAGUCCGGGCCCGCCCUGACAGAGGGCUUGUCAUUCGUGGGCCCGUUGACAAAGGCGCCGCCAGGUCGGAGCAGAUUGAAGUUUUGAGCCGACGCGGGUCGCUGAGCCCACACUAGUAAAAGUAAGAUUUGAAGUGCGUGUGAUUUGCGCCGACAUGUUUUGCGCCCCUCGAACUACACAUGUUCAUAUUCGUGCAUUGAGCUCAAUCCGUGCGCACAUGUUGCUGCUGCACCACGGUCUACACUUUCUCCGCCUGUGUGCCUCAGACACCGGGCCCUCGAGUGCUCACCGCACCUGUCGGGAGUCUCGGGACCGUUCCUGUCGGUGCCGUGAUGGGUUCUGGAUAGAACCCAUUCUCCC